AUAAAGUAAGAGGAGAGGAGGAAGGGUGGGCAGUAGCCCUCGUUUAAAGUCAACAUAUUUAUACUUCAUACUCUUUCGCGCUGGAAUUUGCUUUUUUGUUACUAGAUCUAGGGCAACGUCCUGUCGCGCAGGACCGCCAUCCUCAGUAUUAUUAAAAAGUACCGAGCAAAAGAGAAAACAAACGCAUCCAAAGGGAGUAGAGUAAGCUCCGGCGCAAUAGUGGGUGCGUCGGUGCGGUUGCGGAACGGCUGGGACGUUGCAAAGGGAUGCAUAUAUGACGGAAUACAACUCGUUUUGCUCUGAGCCGACUAUUUGUUUCUCGAAGCGGAGGAGGUGAGGCGCACUUAACCCAUGGAUCAGCCUGGAGAAGUUAGUCUCACCAAGACCUUCAUCGGACACCUUUCUUUCCCGACUUCUUGAAAAGAACAUUAGGCUUCGCGUGCUCACAUCCCUGUGUUAUAUCAGCAUUCACUACAUCUCCGAGCUGGCAGAGAUAUGGGCACAUCAGAUAAAAUUAAGUCUACAGUCAACUUUAACCAUGAUCCCGACAAUUGGUUUUAACCACACAAUAUCGUAGCAAAUAUCACAAAAUAGCUAGCCUACAAAAACAGUGUACAGAAUAUCUAUUGACUGCAAGCUCAAGUUUACCUCAUAUUUAACUCUCUAUCUCUCUGUAUGUGUUGGCACAUUUAACCUUUCUUCAAAGUUUGAAACUUUAUGUUUGUAUUUCGAGGAGGCGGAUUAAGACGGAUUGUCGCAAUGAAUUAACUGGGUGAUUCAAUAUGAUUACAAAUCGGGUUCCAUGCUGAUCUCUUCAGCGCGUGCUGACCUUGCGGUGGCACCCUUCACCCUUCUCCGGACACUCAGUCUCGGACCAUGCGCGUGGCGCCAGCGAAUGCCAUGCUCCUACGGGUCGCGUUGCUUUUCCUGUGCAUUGCUUUGACUCUGGGCCAGUACGACAUAUGCAAGUCCCUAGUGAGCACGGAUGAUGGCCCGAUAUGGGAGUUCUACGCCUGCCAACCCAAGCCCGCCUCCAUGAAGGACUUCAUGCGGAUAAGGGUGGAUCCCCCCGGCAUAACCUGUGGAGACCCCCCUGAGAGGUUCUGCACUCUGGAGAACCCGUACCUGUGCAGCGAUGAGUGCGACGCCUCGAACCCCGACCUGGCUCACCCGCCGCAGCUGAUGCAGGACCGGGAGCGCAGCGGCCUGAUCACCUACUGGCAGACGGUGACGUGGAGCCGCUACCCGGACCCCCUGCUGGCCAACAUCUCGCUGGCCUGGAACAAGAGCCUGGAGCUGACGGACGACGUCCAGGUCACCUUCGAGUACGGCCGGCCCACCAUGAUGGUGCUGGACAAGUCGCUGGACUACGGCCGCACGUGGCAGCCCUUCCAGUUCUACGCCGACGACUGCAUGGAGGCGUUCAAGAUGGCCCCCAAGAAGGUGCAGGACCUGGCCGCCGCCAACGUGACGCGGGUGAUCUGCACCGAGGAGUACUCGCGCUGGGUGGGCUCCAAGAACGACAAGAACGUGCGCUUCGAGGUGCGGGCGCGCUUCGCCAUUUUCGCCGGGCCCAAGCUGCUCAACAUGAACAGCCUGUACACGCGCAUGGAGAGCAUGAAGGGCCUGCGGGACUUCUUCACCUUCACCAACCUGAGGCUGCGCCUCCUCCAGCCCGCGCUGGGGGGCACCUACAUCCAGAGGGACAAUCUCUUCAAGUACUUCUACGCCAUCUCCAACAUCGACGUCCCUGCCAGGUGCAAGUGUAACCUCCACGCAGGACAGUGCACUUUUGUGGAUGGGAACCUGCAAUGCGAAUGUGAGCACAACACAACAGGCCAGGACUGCAGCCGCUGCAAAAGGGGUUUCCGAGCCAAGUCCUGGAGACCCGGCUCCUACCUCCCCACACCCAACGGAUCACCCAACACCUGUGCAGCAGCUGGUUCAACACUUGGCAACUGUGAGUGCUACGGCCACUCCAACCGCUGCAGUUAUAUAGAUUUUCUCAACAUUGUGACCUGUGUCAGCUGCAAGCACAACACCAGGGGGCAGAACUGCCAGCACUGCCGCCUCGGAUACUUCCGGAACGCCUCGGCCGAGCUGUACGAUGAGAGUGUCUGCAUAGAGUGUAACUGUAACCAGAUUGGCUCAAUUCACGACCGCUGCAACGAGACGGGUUACUGCCAGUGUAAAGAGGGCUCCGGUGGGCCCAAGUGCGAAGACUGCAUCCCCGGAUACUACUGGAAGCAAGGCUGUUUCCCCAACGUUUGCGACGAGGAGCUGCUGCUCUGCCAGAACGGAGGCACGUGCUACCAGAGCCAGAAGUGCAUGUGCACGCCGGAGUUCAAGGGCGUGCUGUGCGAACAGGUGCGCUGCCAGGGCGGGGACUGCGACGGCGCCGCGGCCUCCUACCUCAGCGUCGCCACCCUGCUCCUCUGCCUCCUGGCCAAUCGGCUGGCCCCGUGAGCCGCGAGCCACACCUGGACGCCGCGCAGGCGAGGGAAACGGGGCGGAGGCACGACCGCAGGGUCACGUUCCACAACUUCCGGUUCGCAGGUGCCAUUUCAUCCGGGAACGGCCCCCCGGGGCCUGUGCCGAGGCGCCGGGGGGGGGCUUCAGGGGGCGACGGGAGCCGGAGGAACGUCACUUUCUUCUCCUUGAACACCAGUGCUGGAGGAGUUUAAAUACCAAAAACGAAAUCACUAUGUAAGAAAAGACUAGGAGGGGGAACCUGUUGAAUAUUUAAGACUUUCUUCUUGUUGUAGUUCUGAGUUUACCGGCGACCCCCCCCCCCCUUCCCCCCUCUCAAACCAGUCACUUAAAUUCUGCACUUAAACAUGUUGUUUCUGAAUGGAGAUGGGUUAUAAUCGCUGCUGAGGCCUAUUUAAAACUUUAAGCCAGGUUUAGCUUUCCCUGGAAACAGGAUUUAUUUUUCACAUCUCCUUUCUUUGCUGCAAUUCUCUCUCCUGUCCAUUGUUUCAUGAAUGUCCACUGACUGAAUUAAAAAAAAAAAAAAAAAAAAAAAAAAAUGUAAUCACUGUUCUCCUGACAGUGACAAAAAUGAGUAUCUCCACUGUCAGAGGUUCAAAUUUCACAAGGUAUUCAGGAAGCAGACACAGAAUAUAACAUAUCCAAAUGAAAUCUAAAAAAAAAAAAACAUCUAAAGAAAUAUUACUCUUAUAUAUUACAUUGUUUGAAUAUUUUUUGUAGAAAUUAUUUUUGUUCCAAGUUAACAUUAAUUGAAAAUAAAAAUAUAUAUAUAAAGAAGAGAAUUUUAUUACUCCGUACACCUUACAGUAAAUGUGACUGUUACCUGCCCAUAUUUGUUUCUGCUGAAGUCAUUUCCUUCGACAAAUGAACAAAAAAUGAAGCUCUUUCAAGAUUUCUCCACACUCUUUACUCACAUACACCCACACAAAUGUGUACAUGGGAAUAAAACUAGCAAUAAUGUCCACUACCACCAUUUGACAUUUUACACAUUUAUCUCAAAACUGUAUAUUAUGAUUCAAACAUAUUGUUCUGCUCAUUGAAACUUUGCCAAUGAAUCACAAAGUAGUUGCAACAAAUGUCAUGCUGUUUUUAAAUUGAUGCACCUUCUCUGUUGCAGAAGAUCUGAUUAUCCGAAAUGGAGUAUACUGAGCAACAAUAGGAAUUAAAAUGCUGUGUGAACAUGGACAUUUGUUAUUUUACUUCAGGGGUGCUUUUCAGUUUGUUUCUUAAAAGUUAUUUAUUGAAAUAAGAACUAUUUAACGUUCAAUUCAAUACAAGACCCAUACCAUCUGAAAAAGUGUGUAUUAUUCAAAAUGGAUUCUGAUAUCUAUAUUCAUCAAUAUUUUUUAAAAAGACUGUCGUAGUGUAAAGGUAAGCAUUAAAAUGAAUGAAUUCUAAAUAUUGAUGGCACCAUAUUUUCAAUGGCUCAUAUAGUCACAGCAAGAGAGAUCUCGUCAUCUGCACGGACAUAAUUAACGUGCACAUUUCUGUUGUAGCUCUUAACCAUAAUUAGCUACACUGACUACUGUGAUGACCUAGGCAACUAGUCUACCUUACAAGCACAACUAGUCUACCUUACAAGCAGGUGUGAGCAUGCAGCCAGCAUUUUAUUUGUUUUAGGCUUUUCGGUUACAAUUCACAAUCCUGUUAUAGGAACAUCUCAUUUUCUUGUCUGUCAAAAUGACGGAUGAUUUCAUUUUUUUUUUCAAUCAAAGCAUCUGAAAUUUGGUAAAUGACGGGUAGGUCUAAUUGUUGUUGCCGAAAAUGAAACUAGCCAAUGGAAUUGGCCUCCCAUUUGCACAUAUGAUCCUUGUGAAAAUUGGAAAGGCGAUUGUGAGGUGGCAGGAGCAAAUAAAGUUUGUAAUUGCUUAAA